GUUUCAGUUCUAAAAGAUUCUAAACAGCUCACGAUCAGCAUCAUGAAAGUAUUCAUUGUGUUUGCCGCCCUUGCAGCUCUAUCUGUGGCAUCUGCCGCGGGCCUAACUGAUUCCCAAAAGGCUGAGGCUAAGCAGAGAGCCAAGGCCUGCGCCAAACAGGAGGGAAUCACGAAGGAGCGCCUGCGUUCUGGAAACUUUGCGGACUCCGAUCCAAAGGUAAAGUGCUUCGCCAACUGUUUCCUGGAGCAGAGCGGCCUGGUGGCCAAUGGACAGAUAAAACCUGACGUGGUUUUGGCCAAACUGGGUCCCAUCGCCGGCGAAGCCAAUGUCAAGGAGGUGCAGGCCAAGUGUGACUCGACCAAGGGAGCCGACAAGUGCGACACUAGCUACCUGCUGUACAAGUGCUACUACGAAAACCGCGCCCAAAUCUAAGAAAAACUAUUUUGAUCUACAAAAGAAUAAUUACUAAACCGAAAUACUAUAGAACACAAAAUGAUGUGUGCUUUAUCGCCCGCGAUGAAUUAUGCCCUUCAAGAAUUGAAUAAAGAAAACGCAACAGAUGACUGCAGUUCGAUCGCAAGUGACGAUAAAUGCGAGGAGGGCUUUAAACGAAUUGAGUGCUGCUUUAAAAAAUAUUUGUAGUUGUAAUAAUAGCAUACGAAACUAAAUGCUUACUAUAUACUAAUGUUUUACUUAAAAAUGCAGCCAUCUUAAAAAAUAAGUACAAUUGAACGGUAUUCUGCCAGGUUAAAUAACAAGUGGGUAACAGUCCCUGAAAAGCGAAACCAACCGUUGAUAAUAUGAUUGAUUUUUUCGAGUUGAGGAUAAUGUGUAAAUAAGCAUGGCUAAUAUACGAACUAUAAA